UUCAAAAUAUCUGAAAAGAUAAAGAAGAAAAGCAAAAGCCACCCUCCACCUUUCCCUUCAUUUUUUCAAAUCCAACAACAAACAAGCUAGACCUUAUAUAGAAAUGUCCACUAUGUUCUUUAUGCCUCUUGUCCUCAUUCUAGUUUCCCAAACAUCAGAAUCAAAAAUCCCGUCAAAUGGGUUCUUGCAUUAGCAAAUGCAGAAACAAGAAAAAACAUUCCCUCAAGAAAAAUUCCCUAGAAGAAUCCAACAGUGUCCAAGACAAGCUUGUAAUCUCACAAGCUCCAAAAACCCCAAACAUUCCUCACUCGAACAAAAUUUCUCCUUCUCCUCCUUCUCCGACGACUUCAAUUUCUUCCACUUCUUCCCUCACAUGCACCACCAGUAAUGCCACGACGGUCUCAAGCUCGCUGUCAAGCACUGCAUCUUCGGAAAUCUUGGGCUCCAAAGAUAGAUCAUUCUCCAAUGAGUUCUUGUGGUCGUGCAUCAAGGAGAAUCCGCAUAUAAUACGUAUCAAUUCAAUCAAGGAAAAUGCUUUCCUGCUUGCGCCGGCGAAACCAAUGGCGGCGCCGGCGAAGCAAUCAAUCCCACCAAAGGUUGUUGGGUCCACACCGCAGAAGAGAGCCCGGUCAAGGUCCCCUGCCCCUCUAACGCGUCAGAAGAGUUUUAGGAGGGAACCGGAGUGGCCUAAUCCUCCAUAUUCUCUACCAAGUAGAACACUGAGGUCGCCAUCUCCAAGCCGGAGAUAUAAUGGUGAUAGAAGUGGGCCGAUUUCAACAAACGCAUCGGUGCUGGAAAGUCAUUCAAAGCGUGUGGUUGGAUCAUAUGUGAGGAAGGAAAAUAUUAGGCCAGCAAGUCCAAACAAUAUUGUUUCAAGUCGUCCACGGCCAUGUUUGAGGAAUAAGGAGACAUUCACUCAUCGAAUUGGUUCCAAAAUCGACGAAUUUGCUGUUGGAAAAGCUCUGUCUGACCAUGAAAUGAUCGACUCUGUUCCCAUGGAGGACAUUGAUAAUCCUCUCAUCUCCUUGGAUUGUUUUAUCUUCCUAUAGAAUUGAGUGUGUGUAUUGAUUUAUAGUGGUGUGCAUACUAUUCUUUUUUUUUUUUGGUCCUUUUAUUAUUUGUCUGCCUUAAUUCAUGAGCAGAGCAGGUUUGAAAAUCAUCAUCUGGAUUAAAUCCCAUUUUUCUGUGUUUAUCAUGGGAUUAUAUAUGUAAUUUUUC